AUGGCAUCAUUCUCUAUUAACGAGAAGGUUCUGUGUUAUCAUGGUCCGUUGCUGUACGAGGCAAAGGUCCUCAAGAACGAGACGUGGGACGACACCAAUUCAAAACUUGAUCAUUCACGAGGACCACACUACUUCGUGCAUUAUAAAGGUUGGAAGAACACAUGGGACGAAUGGGUGCCUCAGUCGCGCUUGCUCAAAUUCACCGAGCACAAUCUCGUGCUCCAAAAACAGCUUGUACAGUCUCAUAAGAAGGCAGAUUCCCCCCAAUCAACGAAACCUGCCGCGUCUGGUGCUAGCGGAGGGAGGGAUAGCAUUGGUGGAGGGCGUCAUUCCACCACGACAGAUAGACGAAAGGACACCAGGGGGGUGAAGCGACCACGAGAGGAUGACGACAGAAAACCCGAGCUAAAGCUCGUCAUACCGGAUAUUCUAAAGGUCCAGCUUGUAGACGACUGGGAAGCGGUCACGAAGAACAAUCAGCUCGUCUCUCUACCCCGCGAACCCAACGUUCGCGAGCUCUUGGAAGACUUCCAGGAAACCCUCAAACCGCGAGUAUCGCCCGUCGCACAGCUGUUCCCCGAGCUGCUUGCCGGUCUCACACUAUACUUCAACCGGUCUCUAGGCCAGAAUCUCCUCUAUAGAUUUGAGCGCGCACAGUAUGCCGAGGCGAAGAAGAAGUACGAGGUGGGAAAAGAACACGGCCUUGCAGAGCUGUAUGGUGCUGAACAUCUGCUUCGGAUGAUCGUCAAUAUGCCUGCUAUGAUCAAGGAAACCGGCAUGGACCAAGAGAGUCUGCGACUACUAAGUGAUCACAUUAAUGAGCUGCUCAAGUAUCUUACCGAUCGACGCGAACGAGUAUUCCUGUCAGAAUAUGACAACGCAAGUUUACCUUAUCUGAACAUCUACCGCACAUAA